GCUUGUAAAGUUGCGGUUUAGCUAAAUGCCAAACAGAGACAGCACGAACCGCUUUUCACUAUCAGGGCGGAUUUACUUCUUCAUCUGAGUGGAAGAAAGCGAAGGAAAGGAAUAAGAAAGCGACGGACAAUCAGGAUUAACUCAACUACUGCGUCUAAAUGGACUCUCUCGGAUUGAAACGACCGGGGACGAUCUUUGAUGAGAAAAGGACGCCCUUCUGCUUGUUAAUAUGAUUAUUGCGUUUGCUUAAAACGCCGCCAGCUCGGGAAUUUGAGUGAGGAUGAUGACCGGCCUCAUGACGAAGGUGCAGCAGGUGCUGUGCGUCCUGCUGCCGUGCGCUCUCCAACUCUGCAGCGCGCAGACACAAGGAGUGAUGGUGUGUUCAGGUACCCAAAACGUCCUGAGCACAACGGGAAAUUCAGAGAUCCAGUACAGCUUGAUGAAGGAGAUAUACACCGGCUGUGAGAUUGUGAUGGGCAACCUUGAGAUUACGAUGAUGGAACACAACAGAGACUUCUCCUUCCUGCAGUCUAUCAGGGAGGUGACGGGAUACAUCCUGUUCGCCGUCAACGAGUUCAGCCGCCUUCCUCUGGACCACCUGCGCGUCAUCAGAGGCACCACACUGUAUGAGGGCCAGUAUGCGCUGGCUGUGAUGGUCAACUACCAGAAGGAUGGGCAGCACGGCCUGCAGGAACUGGGCCUGACACACCUUACAGAGAUACUGGAGGGAGGAGUCAAGAUCAUCCAGAAUAAGUACCUGAGCUACGCCCCGCAGGUGAACUGGCUGGACAUAGUGAAGGAUGGAACAGCUCAUAUUAUGAUUCAGAGCAACGGGCCUGAAAAGCCCUGCAACGAAGCAUGUAAAGAUGUCCCAUGUUGGGGUCCAGGAAAUGACACGUGCCAGAUCUUGACAAAGACCGUGUGCGCCCCUCAGUGUAACGGCCGAUGUUUUGGUCGAAACCCGAGCGAGUGUUGCCACAUUGAGUGUGCUGGAGGCUGCACUGGACCCCUGGAUACAGACUGCUUUGCUUGCAGGAACUUCAACAACUCCGGCUCUUGCGUGCCCCUGUGUCCCCAGACCCUCAUCUACAACAAGCACACAUUCAAACUGGAGCCCAACCCCAAUGCCAAGUACCAGUAUGGCUCCAUCUGUGUGGCCCAGUGCCCCACAAACUUUGUGGUGGAUGGCAGCUCAUGUGUGAGCAGUUGCCCGUCUGAUAAAAUGGAGGUGGAGAAAAAUGGAGUCAAAAGGUGUGAACCCUGUGGAGGCCUCUGUCCAAAAGCUUGCCACGGCACAGGAAGUCCAACCAGACAGACUGUUGAUGCUCUUAACAUUGACAGUUUCAUAAACUGCACUAAGAUCCAGGGCAGUCUGCACUUCCUGGUGACUGGGAUCACAGGUGAUGAUUACAAUGGUGUACCCGCCCUCGAUCCCGAGAAACUGAAGAUCUUCAACACUGUGAGGGAGAUUACAGACAUCCUCAGUAUCCAGUCAUGGCCUAAAAACAUGUCUGACCUGUCAGUCUUCUCCAACCUCCAAACAAUUCAGGGCAGGACGCUUUACAAAGGAGUGAGCUCUAAAAGGGGCUACUCUCUUCUGGUGGUGAAGAUCCCCUCUUUGACCUCCCUGGGGUUACGCUCACUGCGGAAAAUAAACGACGGUGGCGUCUACAUCACAGGAAACAAGAAGCUCUGCUACCACGACACUGUCAACUGGACGCGUAUCUUGACCAGCGGGUCCCGACCGCAGCGGCGCCAGAAACACAUUGACGUCAAGGAGAACAAACCAAGAGCUCAGUGUGUCAACGAGGGCCGUGUGUGCGACCCCCUGUGCUCCUCUGAUGGCUGCUGGGGUCCGGGGCCAAACCAGUGCGUGUCCUGUCAGAAAUACAGCAGGGGAGGAACCUGCGUGCCAGACUGCAUGUUCUUGACCGGGAAGAGGCGGGAGUUUGCCACUCGAUCAGGGGAGUGCAUGCCAUGCCACCCUGAGUGUAAGGUCCAGGAGGGAAAGGAGACCUGCACAGGCCCGGGGGCAGAUCAGUGCGUAGCAUGUGCCAACCUGCUCGAUGGUCCACACUGUGUCUCCUCGUGUCCUGAGGGCGUGAUGGGAGGGGAGGGAGUCAUCUUCAAAUACCCCAACAAGCAACACCACUGUGAACCAUGCCACGUCAACUGUACCCAGGGAUGCCACGGUCCAGGAAUUGGAGACUGUGUUGGGGCGGACCCUUACACUUCUGGACAAGCGACCACAUUCAUCGUGCUUGGAGUGAUUGCAAUUCUUUUCGCUUUGUUCUCCGUUUUCGUGCUGACUGUCCUGUACCGCCGAGGUCUCGCCAUUCGUCGCAAGCGAGCUAUGAGGAGAUACAUGGAGAGCGGAGAGAGCUUUGAGCCUCUGGAUCCUGGAGAGAAAGGGGCUAAAGUCCACGCUCGGAUCCUGAAGCCCACAGAGCUCCGCAAGAUCAAGCUGCUGGGAAACGGAGUGUUUGGAUCGGUGCAUAAGGGCAUUUGGAUUCCUGAGGGCGAUACUGUGAAGCUUCCUGUGGCCAUAAAAGUGAUUCAUGAUCGCACUGGACGGCACACCUUCAAUGAGCUUACAGAUCACAUGAUGACGAUGGGAAGCUUGGACCACACGAACGUCGUCAGGAUCCUGGGAAUCUGUCCCGGAGACAGCCUGCAGCUGGUCACGCAGCUCAGCAGUCACGGCUCGCUGCUGGAGCACGUCAAGAACUGCAGGAACAAACUCAGCCCGCAGAGGCUGCUCAACUGGUGUGUUCAAAUCGCAAAGGGUAUGUAUUACCUGGAGGAGAACAGGGUGGUCCACAGGAACCUGGCCGCCAGAAAUGUGCUCCUGAAGAACAGUUACACCGCCCAGAUCUCAGACUACGGCAUUGCAGACCUGCUUUACCCGGAUGACAAGAAGUACUUUUACAAUGAGGUCAAGGCGCCAAUCAAAUGGAUGGCCCUGGAGAGCAUCAUGUUUGGCAGAUACACACAUCAGAGCGAUGUCUGGAGUUAUGGUGUGACAGUCUGGGAGAUGAUGUCCUAUGGGACAGAGCCAUACACUACGAUGCGUCCAAUGGAAGUUCCUGAUCUGCUGGAAAAGGGCGAGCGUCUGUCCCAGCCUCAAAUUUGCACCAUUGAUGUCUACAUGGUCAUGGUCAAGUGUUGGAUGAUUGAUGAGAAUGUCCGGCCAACAUUCAAAGAGCUGGCUAAUGAAUUUACCAGAAUGGCCAGAGAUCCGCCUCGCUACCUCGUGAUCAAAGAGGACUGCAGCCAACAGGACACAGCCCCGGAUGAGCUUGCCCAGCGCAGUGCAGACCUGGAUGACCUGGAUGAUUUAGACAUCGAGAUGAUAGGCCAGGAGGAUGGGGUGGUGGAAGGCUUAACUCCUGCUCCCCACUAUCUGUCUCAAUCCAGGAGCCUUGGUCGCCUCUCAAGGAUGGACACUCACAGAGUGGCUCUUAGUCCAUCAAACGUGGCUGGAUACCUGCCUAUGACCCCAGGUGUUGACAACCCAGGACAGGCCAUGUGGCAGUCGCGCUCUCGCCUAAAUUCAGCCCGCACCGUGUCUGAGAGCUCAGAGGGCUGCGGCACCGCAGUGGAGCUGGAGAUGAGCGAGGACUUUUCUCUGGCAGGCAGCCUGAAGAGACGUCGUCAUCGUGAGGACAGCGCUUACGUGUCGCAGAGGGACAGCAUGUCCGGCGGGCCACCAGAGACGCCGUCACCCGAGAUGGAGGAGGAAGAUCAGAAUGGAUACGUGCUUCCUGGAGACAGCCCAGAGAGAGAAACCCUGCUUUCCACAUCUCGAGCUGCUCCUGGCAGGAUGAGCAAGUCUCAUUCAGCGGGUCUGUUGGACAACCCAGAUGAUGAAGAAUAUGAGUACAUGAACAAGCAGACGUGUGUGACACCUGUCUCGCCCAGGCACAACAGCCACUGGCUGAAGCCGAGCAAAAAGCGCACCUCCUCCGUAUCGUCACACCUGACGGCAUGCUCAGGUGACACCACAGCUUCUGUGGAGGUCAGAGGAAGUCUCACAAGGAGCAAUCACAACUCAGAUUCGGAGCAGCAGGGAUCUAAUGAAGUCGAAUAUGAAUACAUGGACAUCAGGGGAAAUGAAAAAGAUGAAAGCCCUCCAGCACAUGACCUUCCUCCUCCGACGCCGACGCCGGCAAGGAUGAGUGUAGAGUUGGAGGAUGAGGAGGAGGAGGAGGAGGAGGAGGAUGAAUAUGUGGAGGACAGUAACUAUCAUUACACAAAUAGACAGCCAAAGCUGCGACAAGCUCUUCAAGACAGGAAGGAGCUGAAGAUACAGGGAAGGGAUGAGGACGAGGCGUAUGAGUAUGAGGACAUGGACUGCUUUGCUACGCUGCGGCCUGGCGAUGUUGUGGUGUACCAGAAUGUGCAGCAGGAAAAGGAGGGAGCGGUAGGGGGCACAGAGGCACAGCGGUCUGGGUUUGGACCCUACGUAAAAGUGCGAGCUGGAGUCGGGGUAGGGGAACCUGCAGCAGACAGAUCUUUUGACAAUCCUGACUACUGGCACAGCAGGAUGUUCCUGAAGCCCAAAGCUGUGCCAACAUGAAGAAUAUUUUAAAUCGCACGAACUUCCCUCUGAGACAUAUUCAUGAAGGACCCGAAACAAGAAAUGCAAUGAAAAGCCAUGUUGAUAAUGUAGCCUAUGACACAAUUUCAAAAACCCAACAUGUGUGACUUUUUCACAGCUUCAUUGUCUGUUACAGGCUGACAUUAUGUUUUGUAUGUAGGCCUGUGAUUUGGGGCAUUUUCAGAAAUAAUAGCACUGAGUGUUAACACUUACAGAAAUUAACAGAUUACAAGCUAUAUAUUUUUCUGUUUACAUUUUGAAAUGAACAAAGCAUGUUUUUGAGAACAAAUGCAUUUGUUUGGAGGUUGGACUUCUGUGUUUUGAGACCUCUUUUAGUGAUGAUACAUGAAAGACAUUUUCUACUCAAUAAAAAUAUUUUCAA